AUGCAUUAUGGGAAGCUGGAGGAGUUUGUGACGCUGGUGACGGAAGCAGUUCCGGGGCUUUCGACGUGCAGACAAAGGGCCCAGCUCAUCCAAGAUGAUUGGGGAGAGUUUGGGACACGAAAAGCAAGAGAGGGAAGUAGGCAAAAUGAAGACUUGAGAGAGGUGCCCCUGGCAGACCCACAGAUCAUACAGGCCCAUGUAGACAGGCUGCAGUCCUACAGCGCCCCCUGCAGUCCAGCAGGAGUGAAUGAUGCAGAAGCUGAAGUGUCGGAAGCAAAUUUUCUGGAGCUGGUGCAAACCUUGCUGAAGGACCCAGCGCAGAGAGAGCACUUUUUCCAGGACGUGUUCCCGGUACAGUUUGGACUGAAGUAUGAUGCCACUCUCCAGGUGCUGGUGUGGGAGUUCCUCUCCAGGCUGGAGCUCCUGCUGCCUGUCCCAGAUCUCACACAGACGGCAUCCUUGCUCAGUGCUGCCGCCGCUGGUCUGGAGGAGUGUAUGCAGUGUGCUUCUCAUCAACAGCAGCUGAAGACUCUGCUUCAGCACCACAAAUGCUUUGGACAGCUCACCACAAACACUCUCCCUUCCAUAGAUGACUGCGUAGUCCCCUCCAGCUGGAGAAGGAUGGGCAGGGUGAGGGGAAAGAUGAGCAGAGACCUGAGGGGGACCUGGGACUCAGCAGAGAGAGGGAGAAGGAGAGUGAGGGAAACAAACUCAUCCACGCGGCCAAAACUGGAACAACUCACCCCGAGGCCAGGCUGCGGACCUGGAAGGAGGCGGUUGUCACGGGGAACAAGAAGACUGGGAACAACAUGGUGAUCGCUCUGAAAUGGCUCCCUGAGUCCCAGGGGAAAGUGAACGUGAACAGACCCCGGAAUUUCUCCACCAGGAAUGGGAACACAGGCUGGACCCUGGAGGCCAACGCCCAUGUCUUCGCCUGCUCUAAGUGCCUUGUGUUUCACUCAGAUGAAGGGUACCUCCACCAGCACAUGAAAACCGCUCACCCGGAGGAGUACAAGGAGUUUCUGUGGGUCGGAGAAUGGAAAGCAGGGAACCCAGUGACCCCAACUGCUGCC